GUGACAUCUUGCUACGUUCUGAGAUGCGACCAAACUUUGAGACUGGUUCAGGUCCGCCACUUGUUUUUGGAUAAUCCCAAUAUCCCAUCCGUUCCACGUGGAAGCCCUGCAGUUUCACUUGACAUGAUCCAGGGCUUUUACCCUGACUUGAAGACCGACGUACUGAAACAGAUACCCGAUGACCAGUUACUAUUUUUCUGGGCCGACUCGGCGCGCUUUCGGGUGACCGAUCCUAUCAAGUCAGACCUGUGGCAACCUGACUGGAAUCCGCUUGAAAAAGACCAGCAUGCAUAUUACGUCCAGCGUAUCAUUGAUGCCAAUGGCAGGGUUGUGGGCGAGACUGGCCGAUGCAAAGGAAACUGUGAUGCAGGGGCGAGUGAGAGCGGGGAGUACGAAUUUGUGGUGAUCGCAGAUAAUACGGCACCUCCAGAGUUUGAGAAGAAGAUGGUUGCACUUCAGGUUGCACGCAGACAUGACAGGGUCGCGUACCGCAUCAACAUUGCCGCAAUCAGUCAGGCUAGGUGGGAGAAGGCAAACACGACCCACGGGUUGAUCGCACUGGGAAGCGAGGCGGACAUUACGUAGAGCCACAGAGAGCCUCAUUCCCAGAAGACAGGCGUUCGUCUUUUUUUUUCUGGUUGAGCAUACAAUUCAGAUCACGUUGGGAUCGUCGUUUAGGACGACGAUCGGAGUAAUACCGAUACACGUCG